AUGCACCAAUUUGACUUACUCUACAUGCAUCAUGAUCGCCUGUAUGGCUCGAAAUACAAAUAUAACCUCACAGGGAUCGAUGUAGCCUCGCGCUACAAGGUAGCUAGACCAUUGAGAACGAAGAAAGCCAGCAAAGUCGCCGAUAUGAUCAAGGACAUUUACGCGAAGCCCGGAGGCAAAGCAGGACCUUUACGCUAUCCGAAGAUCUUCCAGUGCGACAACGGUAGUGAGUUCAAGUCAGAUGUGACAAAACUGCUAGAGGGCAAGGGCGUCGAGAUUAAGCGCGCAACCACCAAAUAUCAUCAUACGUUCACAGCCUUUGUCGAGUCCUAUAACAAGGUGCUUGCGGAGAGACUGUUCAAGUCCCAGGAUGCGCAAGAGUUGGUCACUGAUGAGACUAGUACCACAUGGGUGAAACAUCUGUACACCAUCGUGAAAAGCAUGAACAAUACCAAGACUGCCAUGAUCGGUAUGAAACCUUCAAAAGCGAUCAAGAUGGAUGAGGUAUCGCUUGCGAAAGGCGAAGAAUAUCCCGAUCGCCUGGAGCAGGACCGAAAGGAAACAAAGCCGUUACCUGAGGACGGUCUUUACUUGUACCUGCUACAACCCGGUGAAGAGCAUGGAGAUCAGAGAAGACGUGCAACGGACGCUUUUUGGAGCAAAAAGACGUAUAGACUCGAUCGUAUUGUGACUGGUACACGUCUCCUGUACUAUUUAAAAGAGGGGCCUGAUCGAAGCUUUGUCUCUGAAGAACUCAUGCUAAUACCAGAGGAUGUUGAAGUACCUCCGGAGUAUGUAAAGGAAUGGUAA